AUGUCCACCACACAAGCAACCCGGAAACCACUAGUGGUUGCCUUGGGAGAUCCAAAAUAUGUUGGACAAGACUUUCUAAAUGAAUUCAAACAGGAUUUUAACUUUCAGAUCCUGGAUGCGACCAACCGGAAGGAAACCCAGGAACUACUUCCAACCGUUGUCGCGAAGUCAGGUCCAGUCGAUGCAUUGAUCAUUCGCAUGGGUACCCCUCCGUACGAGCCAUUUGACGAGGACCUUCUUGGUGCCCUGAUACCUCAUUGUAAGAUCAUUGCCUCUGCCUCCGCAGGAUUUAAUGAGUUCGACGUCGACUGGAUGACGCGGAACAAUAUCUGGUUCUGCAACACACGGAAUGCAGUUGCCGAGGCCACUGCGGAUAUGGCAGUGUUUCUCACCCUGGCUGUCCUCAGAGAUACCACGAGAGCGGAAAAGGGUGCGAGGGAGGGGACUUGGAAGACGGGGAUUGUUCCUAGUCGCGACCCCACGGGGUUGACUCUUGGAAUCGUGGGCAUGGGUUCGAUUGGCAAGUACAUUGCAACAAAAGCUAGAGUUUUCAACCUCAAGAUCAAAUAUUAUAACCGCAACCAACUCCCUCCAGAAGUGGAGAAGCAAUACGACGCCACGUACUGCCCAACGUUGCACUCCCUCCUCUCCAGUUCCGAUGUAGUCUCAAUAUCGUGUCCCCUGAAUGCCGCGACAACAAAUCUGAUUUCUCACGCUGAAUUCGCCGCCAUGAAACCCGGAUCCUUCUUCGUCAACACUGCGCGUGGCGCCGUCGUCAACGAGGAAGCUCUGAUUGAAGCGCUCGAGUCUGGCAAAAUCACUAGGGCCGGUCUGGACGUGUUCCGCAACGAGCCAAACAUCCACCCCUAUUUCCAGACGAGCGACAAGGUGGUUCUGCAACCACACAUGGGUGGUUUGACGGAUGUCGCGUUUAUGAAGUCGGAAAGGGAGUGUUUCGAGAAUAUCAGAAGUUUGUUUCGGACAGGAAGACCAGUAGCUCCGGUGAAUGAGGUCACGACAAGAGUGGAGGGCUAA